AGUUUAUUGAAGGACUAUGUUGAACUAUGACCCGCGUUGGAGCUCGCUCGGGCUGCGCGCGUGUUGUGCUAGGUCGGCGAUCGGCGCGCACCGCGCGCGCGGCCGCGCCCACCGGCGCAGGCGAACGUGAAAAAGUAUGACCCGUUCUUACACAUAUGAGAUCGCUAUAUAAGUCUUGGCCGACUCAUUUUGCUCUCAUUUCGGCUCACGCUCAACUUUGGCUAAUACAUUAAUAUUUUUGGAGGAUUUGACUAAUUUUUUAUGAGAUACAAAUUUUGUAUGAUACAGAUUUUAGGUAAACUUUACCACUGAGAUAAAAAAAAUCGAAAAUGAAUACGGUAAUAUUGGCCCUCGCGUUGACGCUUACGAGUGUAUGCGCGUAUCACGAUCCGGACCUUAACUACCACUUGAGCCAAUUGCAAGCCGCUCCGAACUGUGACAACGGCCACACGGGUUCCGGUCCCGGUUACUCGUAUCUGCCACCAGCCGUUCAGCUCACCACCACUGGAGUAAAAGUGGCUGCUCCUGUAGCCUCACAACAAGUGCUCUCAGCCCCUGCGUAUCAGUAUUCUGGAUCUAGCAGCUAUCAAACAGGAGCUGCAUACCAAGCAGCAGCAGGAUAUCAAUCAGCAGCAGCCUAUCAAGUUUCUGCACCCAUUCAACCGCAACUUACACCGGCAUUCCAAACCUCAUCACUGGUUUCACACGCAAAUGGUGCUCCUGCAUACUCAGCCCAGAGAGAAUUUCACGGCUAUGCCACCUCCGCCGGCCUAUCAGCAGCAGCCUCUUCUGGGAAAACAGUGACACCUCUCGCAACGUACGCUCAGGCGCCCAUCAUUGCCAAAGUGACAGCAGCUCCGCUGAUUGCCAGAUUUACAUUAGCUGCGCCCAAAAAUAACUUUGUGUCUCAGAACUUAGUGUCGCAACAGGCUUCAUACGCUGCCGGAUCAGCAGUAGCAUACAGUUCGGAGGAGACGGCUAGCCCAGUCGUAGCGCAGGUGUAUGCGGCUCCAUCUGCUGGAUACGCAACAUCGCCUGCCCUAAGACAACAGACUCCCCAACUUUUUGAGCCGUCACGAUACACGGUAGCGCAGCCUGCUGUAUCUCAGUAUAGAACCGCGCCUAUUUCUGGAUUGACGCCCGUCGCACCAGUGGCUUCGCAAUACCGAGCGCCAGUGAUAGCUCAAUACCAGUCUGCUCAGCUCGCCCCUGCUGUAUCCCAGUACGCUGCACCAGCAGUUACCCAUGUUGCGCCUGCAGUGACCCAGUACACUGCUCCAGUCAUCUCCCAGCACGCGGGUCAGUCGGUGGCGUACUCCACGUCGUCCAUCAGCCAUCACUCCGGCGGGAGCAUCGCGCAGUACGCCGCAGCGCCGGUGGCCGUCAACCACAACAUCGCCGUGGCUGCUCCAGCGAGGAUCGCUCAUGUCAAAAAUGUUCACACGGACUUCCUACAAAAUUAUGACGCGCAUCCCCGCUACGCGUACGAGUACGCCGUGAACGACCCUCACACCGGCGACAUUAAACAUCAGAAAGAACAGCGCGACGGAGAAGUUGUUAAGGGUCAGUACUCGCUGGUGGAGCCGGACGGCUCCGUGCGCACCGUCGACUACGUCGCCGACUGGGAGACCGGUUUCCACGCCAACGUGCGCAAUGACAGACACCACUAGUGCCCUAAAUGGACGAUGGGGAUUACGUCAAUGGAUUCAAUAACAGUGCAAUUCAAAAACUGACCCAGGACAGCUUUUUAGAGAGCUUUCACGAAAGAGUACGAGAGUAAUCUCCAACUAAGUAUAUCCGUAAUAAUCUUGCGUAUUUGAAGCUUACACUUGCUUAUAGGUGUUUCUGAAGCGAACGUUCACUUACGCUCUGCAAGAAAUGGGAAAUGCACCGAAGCAUCAAUUUCGGCGCCUAAUAUUGCUGGCGUUCAUAUAAGCAAAGUUGUGGAGUACCUUGGCUCUAAUCGCCGAAUAUUACGGUUUACUAUGGUUGCCCAGAACUUUAAAACUUCAUCUUAUCGUGUAUAUUAUUAGAAUGACAGCUAUUAACUUAUCAGUUUAUUUAGGUAUCCGAAAGUGUUGUGCAAGACUGUUUCUGUUUCAAAACUAGAAACCAGUUCAAUUAAACGAUUGCUUUUUCAUGCCUACCGAUGAUAAAAUAUAUCCCAAGGUAAUAAACAACCUAAGCCAUCUUGUACAAAAUAUCAAAAGAUCCUUCGAGCCUUCGCGACGGUAAUACUUAUAUCUUAUCCUUCGGACAUGUAAUAAAAACAAGGAAAGUGAGGACCUAUUUUAGAUUUUAGCUCUAUUUCGAGCUAUCUUGAGCUAAUAAAUAGUUUUAUUUAUAUAUAUAAGCUAUAUAUAGUUAGCUAGAUAUAGUUAAACUAUCAAAAUGUACCGUAUAAAAUAAUAAGUCAACUGAGAUAAACCCAAAAAACUCCGUCAGGAAGGAGCGGUACCUCCUAACACAAGUAUUGCUAUACUUACCAGGAGGUAUCCAUUACCAAUAUUGUUUAAAUUCUACUAGAUACCAAAUAAACUAUUUUGUUUUUAUUUUAUUUUUGAUUUAUUCAAUGUCAAAAAGUCAGGCCUUCUUCAGGCAAGCUACAUAUGUAUUUUACAGUCCCUGCAAAAUAAUAUUGUAACGAAUAGUUCGUUUAAAUUUUCACAUUAUAUUGUUAACUUAGCAUCUAAAAAAACUUCAAUUUAAUAACAUAAGUGCAAUUUAAUAACAGUAGUAGGUAUGAUGACUUAUAAAUUGUUAAAAUUUACUGAUAUGUGAAUUCUGUUGAAAUGACAGGUACGAAACAGUGAAUCUAAAAUUAUAGGUUUAUUGAUUUUCUCUUUGUAUAAAGUAGGUAUGCUAGAUUUCUUUUUUUAAUUUCGUAAGAAAUCGUAAAUGGUUUUUUAUUAAGGAUUUUAUGUGGAUAGACUUGUGCCAUAACUUUUGGCCUCUUCCAAAAUAGGACGCGCCAACUUUUUAUUUAUCAAUAGCAUUUCCGAAGCUAAUCAACCAGCAAUCAACUGACAUGGCCGCAAUGUUUGUUUUAAUUUAUAAUUAAUAUGCAUCGCGUGUACGCAAUAAGCCACACAUGUCUUUUCUACUUAAGAAAUAAGUAUAUGUAACCAAACAGAAUUCUUAAAUGUAUAGGUACUUACGCCGUUCGACAUGCAGUAGCUCCUCAACUAUAAGGAGCAGGGGCAAGCACGAGUGACACCGCAACAUGUGAAAGAGAUAAUAGUCUAUUAGUUUUCUUUCUCAUUUCAACAUUGCUUAAUGAGAAAAGAUGCUCGUGCGUCGUUGUAGGGGUCUAGGAGAUGUUACAUGGAGGUAUUAGGUACAUAUUAUCUAUCCUUUUUCAAGAAACUUUCGUGUUGUUUCCCUGUCCCUCCAGCAGGUAGAUAACAGAAAGUGUCCGGGAAAAGGAUAGAUGCAAUAACCCUUUAUAGAAAUCUCAGAAUCCCACUACGCUAUUGAUUCAUUCAUAUUAUUUUAUAGAUUUACCAAACCGAGGCGCAUCCGGAGUUCCUUAUAAUUCGUAAUUUUAGUACUUAACUCGAGUAAUCCAAUCUAAAAAGUUAUUUUCUCAAGUUAUCCUAAAGUGACCUAGUUGAAAUAUAAAUGUGCUCUAUAGUUUGUAAGUAAUUCAAUGUAAGAUUUGUAUUUCCAUCUCAUGUAAGUAUUAUUAUACGUAGUAAUUAGUAUAUUGUGUACGAAGGUAACGAUUGAAUAAAACAUAGCAUUUUGUAAACAAAAUACAUAUAUUGUACAAAUUGUAAACAAUAAACAAAUUUAUAUUA